AUGGCUAGUUAUUAUUCUUAUUUAUUGUCACUAUUAUUUUUAUUGUUGAUAACAGACUUGGCCAAUACUGCAAGUCUUCGUUCUUAUUUUCGUUCAUCGUCGAAGGGAUCUUUGGAUCGACGAUAUCCGUCGUUCGCCGUUAAAAAUCAAUCGUCAACAUCAGAACCUGUACUAUUACGUAGACGACCUCUAUUGCCAUCAAGUGAACGACGAAAACGUUGGACGAAAGAAGAAGAUAAUGAUGAAGUUGAAAUUCCAAUUGAUGAAAAUAUUAUGCAACAAUCAAUUAGUACAACGACAAUUGAUAAUCAAGCAACAGUACUAUUUUCAUUAGAUUUAAAUAAGGCUACGGAACAGUUAAAUAAAAGUGAUGCUGAAUAUAAUUCAGAUGUGAAUCCUACGAUGAUUUCAACAAUGGCCGAUAUAAAAUAUCCAUUGCUAAGAAAAGAUUUAGCUGAAAUAAAUGAAAUUGAUGAAUUAACUACUGUUUUGAUGAAUGAAGACGUUUCGCUAAGUAAUACAACUGAUAGUGAACAAUCAAUUGAAAACAAUAAUAAUGUGGCUUCUACUGAGACCGUAUUGUCAUUAACAACAUCCAAUGAAAUCAUGGAUAUUAAUCCAACAGAAUCAGAGAUAGUAUCAGCAAAUGUUACCGACAUCAAUCAAGUUGUAUCAAAUGAAUUCAAUACUAAUAGAAUGAUAAGCAAGUUUUUUAUUAUUAUAUUAAAUUUAGAUCGAUUUUUUUUCUUGUGUUCAUCGUAG